CAAUUGCUCGACACCCAUUCUACGUACUAGGCUGACCGUCGAGUGUCCACCCCCCGCUUCCCCGCACUGUUUCACUCGGCAGGUCUGAACGUGUACAAUCUCGCCACUCAACCACGAUUGCCGUCAGUCGCCGCGCGUCCCUUUUCUUGAUAUAAUAUUUGUUUUAGAACAACUCCAAAUAAAAUAAAAUACCUACACCAUGUCUGCCAACAAUAAAUGGGACGUCGAAACAACUAUUAAAUUUAUACACAUAUAAAUUACAUCCGUGUCUUUGGGACGUUUCAUCUCCGGGAUAUAAGAUGAAGCAAAAACAGUAUGCUGCAUAUAAUACCAUAGUUCAAGAAAUGAAUAUCGUUGGAUUUGGCAUACAAGAAGUUAAAAAUAAAAUAAAAAAAUUACAGUCGACCUACCAACAAGAAAAUAAAAAAAUUCAAGACUCGAAGAAUUUCGGAGCGGGACGCAGUAAUGUCUACACAUCUAAUAUUAAAUGGCUGAAUGAGAUGAAAGAGGUGUUUUCAAAAGAUUUAAACAAAAAUGUUUAUGAAAACAAUCGUCAUCCCACUAAUGAAGAGAGUAGUUCUCGGAACAUAAGCUUCUCUAGUACAUCGCUCUCAAACAACAACAAGGAAGUACCAGUUACUGCUACUACGACUAAUACCACAGCAACUACUAGCAACACUGAAAAUACGGUAAAAGCUGAUAAGAUGACUAGAGAAAUUUUUCAAACUGUUUCUGAUUUGAAAAAGUUAUAUGAAGGUGUGAGUUUUGAGAAAGAAACUGUAUUUGAUAUGUUUGGAAGGAGCGUUGUAUUGCGACUUAAGAAUUUAUCGGCAGAGAAUGCUUUAUUAGCACAAACCGAAAUACAAAAUAUUCUGACCCAAUAUGGGAUUAAAGAACUUAGACAAAGAACUGCAUCCCAUUCUUCUUCGUCUAAUCACAACUAACAAAGGCCUUUUGUAUUGCAGCAACUGCAAUGUUUGCAGCUUUGGAGACAGAUGGAAGACAAUAAAUUUAAUUUUCAAUUUUGUCUUUUUUCUACCUAAUUGUUUGAAAUUAAUAAAAAAGUAUUCAUUUAA